AUGGGGAGUCUUAAAGACGAGAUGAGGGGUCUCAGAGAGGACCACCAGCCUUGCGAGAAGACGGAUGACGCUCCGUCGAGGAAAAAGACCAGAUAUCCAAAGAUCCGGCGCUCUCAGGGGAGGAUUGUGACAACGCUGACCAAUCAGACUCUGAACAAGUUAAAGACUCUACACAGACUGAUUGAUGGAGAUGGAGAUGCUGAAAUUCAGGAGGAAAACGAUGAGGAUAAGACCAUGAAUCACGACGGAGAAAAAGAUGCAGACAUUGAGAAUAUCCUGGUUCCUGUGCCGUCGACUCCAGAUCCCACCGACCUACGCUCCCCAGCCCCUUUUGGGCAGCACCACAUGCGCACUCAGGUGAGCCUGGAGGUGGUCCAGUGCCACUCUGCAGCCACCAGCCCCAUGACCCCUCCCGAGGGCGACCACUCCUUCUUCUUCCCAAGUUCUUUUGGGAAAUCCGGAUCCGUAGGUAGCGACACUAAAGACGCAGAGCUGCAGGUGGGCCAGCAAGUGGAGUUCUGCUCUGUUGCCACGUCCCCCAUGACCCCGAAGACGCCAUCGACCACGGCGUUCCCAGAGCUCAUCGGAAGAGAGACGGUGCAGAAGGAGGGGAAAGCGAAAAAGAGUGAGGAGCAGAGGGAGAGCGGCCAACAAGAUAGUUUCCCUGCAACAAAAAGUCCAGCAGAAGCAGAAACAAGUGAAGCUUUGAAACUAACCGCAUCAAAGGAGCUGAGUGAAGACUUCAGCUCAAAUGCGUCUCCAGAGACCUCCACCAACUGCCUGGCUGCUGGGUUAAUAGAUUCACAAGUUACUCUGGAGGAUAGUAAUCAGCACUGUAAGCAGCAGAGGAUGGGAAGUAUGGAUCAAGAUAUUACAAUCUUGGUGACCCACCACGGCAACAGUGAGGAGGAAGAUGAAGAUAGAGUUGAGUCAUCGUCUUGUUCCAUUGAACCGGAGAUGGUUAAAAUAGAUGAAUAUGAGGAAGCUGGAGAGAACUGCAGUGAUGUAAAGGGGGAGGAUGAAAACGUAAAGAUCUCUGCACCGGACAAUUCAAACACAAACCAAACAGAAGAACCAAAAAUGUGCAUGGAAUCAGGAACGUCACAGAUUAAAGAGAAGGACGACGCACGUGAAGAGCUGAGAGACGUUUCUGUGACAAAACCUCCCGUCCCCGAAUCACCGGCUCCCUUCGGCUGCCACAACAUCCGCACUCAGGUGAGCCUGGAGGUGGUGCAGUGUCAGUCUGCAGCUACCAGCCCCAUGACCCCUCCUGAGGGGGACCAAGCCUUCUGCUUCCCCAGCUCCAUCGGAAAAUGUGCGACUGCGGGCACAGAGACCAAAGAUGCCGAGCUGCAGGUGGGCCGUCAGGUGGAGUUUCGCUCUGUUGCAACGGCGCCCAUGACACCGAGAACGCCCACCACCAUGACUUUUCCUGAGGUCAGGAAAGAGGCCAGCAUAGAGGAGAAGAUAGAGAAAGGUGAGGAGAAAUGCGAGGAGCCGGUGCAGGAGGUGAGCUGGGACGAGAAAGGCAUGACGUGGGAGGUGUACGGAGCCGUGGUGGAAGUAGCCGUGUUGGGCUCCGCCAUCCAGAAACACCUGGAGAAACAGGUGAAGAAGCAAAAGAGGCAGUCCACCCUGCCUCCCCCUCCUCCGCUCAACCCCACGGCCACGCCCCUCGAGUCGGCCCAGGGCGGCUCGGGGUCAGGGAAGGGCCGGGCCGGGAAGAGAGGGGAGCAGAACGGCAAAGUGAGCCGACGCAGAAGAAACCCCUUCCGCCAGCUGAUGGAGAACAUGCAGCAGCCGCACUGUUGCUCCAGAGCUCACACCACUGAGUGA